AUGCAGCGACCUGAAAUUCGUUCACGACAAGGUUGCUUGACUUGCAGGAAGCGUCAUAGAAAAUGCGACGAGAAGCGACCUGUCUGUACGCUCUGCCAAAAGUCAGGCCGCACUUGCGACUACACAAGCGAACUUCGUUGGGCGCCUGUCAACGACGUGUUUGUUAUUCCUGAUACUUCGUUCAACGGAGGUACCAACAGGAUUGAUCGAGAGGAGAGGCGAAAAACGGCCCAAAAUCGGGGUCGACAACGGCGUAUUCGCGCCCAAAUGCAAGAUGCACAGCAAAGCGGUAUCAGCCGUCAGGUCUUGAACCAACGCCAAAACGAAACCCAGACUCUCAGUCAAGGCCAAAGCCCAAACUCAGGGGCGGCCCCUUACGAAAACGACAGCCAGCUACGGUCGCCGGGAAGUGACCACCAGGAUGGGCUUCGUUCUAGACCCGUACCAACUUUAGAUAAUUCGCACGCGUCCUUGUCCUCUAUUAGCCCUGCCACUACACGCCAGCAAGUGUCUUCACCGGAGGAUUUCGAGGUUUUGACUCAAGGUAAUAGCGACAUGAGCUUAUAUUUCAACGACCUUUCACAUGUGCAGUUUGACAGCAAUUGGUUGAACGCAUUUGUGAUGGAUCAGGACCUUACGACAUUCUCCGCCCAAUACGAUAAUCAAAUAACAGCUGCAGGCCACAUCACAAGUGAGCAAUUGGUGCUGGACCCGACAAGUGUCGAGCGGAGUUCUGUCCUAACUGACGCCGACCCUUCGCUAGAAAUCAUUGAAAGCGAACAUGAGGCCAAUAGAUCUAAAUCUAGUACCGGUCCCGUAUUUGGUACCACUAAGACCUUUCAGCACAGCCUUGGACCGCUAGCAUCAAGCCUUCCCACUUGCACUGAGGAAAUCGCGUUUAACUAUUUUAUGACCGAUGCUUCCCCUCGGAUCCCAGCUCUUGAUAGCCCUGGAAAUCCGUUUCGAGAGCUUUGCAGAGUGUCUAUCUCAUAUCCACUGCUCUUACAUACAUUCUUGUAUGUGUCGGCUGCAAAUAUGUACAACUAUUGCAGAGGUGACCUGAGGGUUAUGGAAGAGCGUCGGUCACAAGCUCUGAGAUCGUUGCGGAGUAUGGAACGAUAUCUCCGAUUUUCCGAUACUAGGGAAGAGUCAUCUGUAUCCAUAGAGAAUCAUGUCUUUUCAGUCCUAUCUCUGAGAGAAGUCACUCUUGCUGCAUAUCUCAUCCACAUCGCUUCGGAGGUUAUGACUGGUAGCCUCACGACGGACACACAUCUUCGGAAUGCGUUCAAGCUGGUGGUUGAACUACGAUACAUCGAUAAGAUGCCUGAAGGAUUCUAUUCUCGCUUCUUGGUGCAGCGAUUUGCCAUGAUUGACGUCAUCAUGUCUCUCUUGCGGCGCCGAAAGCCCCUCGCACCCGAAUAUUUUAUCUUGUAUCAGCAGCAUGAGGAAGCUGACGUAUAUGGGCCAUCCUUUCGCGAACUUACUGGCUGCCCUCAGCCUGUACUGUCUUUUUUGGCGAGGAUAUCGACAUUGGCAACCGACGUUGAGUUGGAAAACGACGUACGGCUCGCUGAAGCGUAUCAACUCGAAACGACUAUGCGAGAUUGGGGAUCACGAAAGUACCCAAUGCCACUGAAUCCAGCUGCUCGAUCAAACAGCCCCGUGUCUGGUCAUGGCACGGCCUCGCAAGAUGACCAUCUAAGCACCCUCAAUGCAUGCUUUUACUGGAUGGCGCACCUUCUCCUUGCCCGGCGAGUAUUUUUGGAUCCCACAGCGUCAAGUCGAGUUCAACUUUACCGAAAACAUCUUUUCGCUCUUAUCGAUAGACUUCCUCCGGGCUGCGGGCCAGAUUCCUCACUGCCAAUUCCAUUCUACAUGGCUGCGCGAGAGGCCAUCGUGCCUUUAGACCGUGAGUGGGUGCGCCACAAGCACGCUGAGAUGAUAGCCAUAUAUCCAGAUCGCUCUAGGGAGCUCAUGAUGUCUUUGACAGAAGAUAUUUGGAGUAUGAGCGAUGGAGAAUAUCAUGAUCUGGUGGUCAAAGGACCUUGGGAUCUUCCUUGGAUGGAUGACGAUAUGAAUGUCCGAAUGAAGGACUCUCAAGCAAUGCAUUUUAUAAUCUAG